CAAUAAGAGUGGGUUGUUUAUAUUUUUAUUUAGUAGCUGCGGGUGUGGGUAAUCAUGGUCACAUUUUCUCAGUUAUUACUUGUUUACUGCGUGCAUCUGACUCUGAAGAUGGCAUUUUCGGCUGAUCCAGACCACUGUCCAGGUCAACGAAUUAAAUGUUACAGUUGUAAUUCUGUUGAAGACAAUCACUGUAAUGAUCCAUUUUUUCGACAACCACAACAGACCAAAUCAUUCCCUUUAGUGGACUGUAAUGAUUAUUGUUUUAAAUGGGCUUUUCAAGGUCCAGAUGGACAGAAACAUUUAAUACGAAAUUGUUCAACAAGUUUAAAUAUGAAAAUGGAGAAAUAUUUAGUUUGUAUAGCUGAAUCACGAUCAUCCAUUGGUCAUUUAUGUUUUUGUAAUAAAGAUAAAUGGAAACAUUUGGAAAGAAUUUAUCUUAUAUAACAGAGAAAGAAGAAUACCUUUAAUUGAACUCCCAGACUAAAUCCACACGGCGACCUGAACACGAGAGAAAAGGCGCGAAAUAUGGGAAGAACACUUUACUCCAAGACUAUCGAUUAAUGUCAUUGUGAAAACAAAAAAAAAUUAUGUUACUGUGACGAUGGACCACUGGUGAACUCGAGGAAGCUGUAAGAGGCUCAGAAGGAGCCGAAGAUGUCUCAUCCAAUCACAUUUCGGAAGAAUGUUCUAGAAUUCCAACGUGUAGCUUCGCGAUUGGAUAAUGUUAAUAACUCCCUGUAUGCGGAUUGGAAGACUGUAAUGAUGAUUUUGUU